CCUAAACCUAACACCCGAUAUAAAACCAGAACAUUUGCUUGUUUCCGGGCGCUUUUAAAACUGAAAACGCUGUUGUUGGGCACAAUAGGAAAUAGGGAAGAACCAAGAACGUUGAUAAAAAAAUUGUUAGGGUUUAUUGAUUGAGCUCGUUCGAAAACUUGUAUCGCUUCUCCGGGAACGGAAGCCCAUCCAAAUCAUUUCCAGCCAUGACAGAGUACUGGGUCAGUCAGGGUAACAAGUGGUGUGACACCUGUAAGAUUUACAUUUCCAACAAUCCAGCCAGCAUUAGAAACCAUGAGAUUGGGCAGCGGCACAAGGAUAGUGUUGCCAAGAGGCUUAAUACUAUGCGAGAAGACAAGGCGAAAAAAGAUAAGGAACUAAAGCAAGCAGCAAAAGUCCUGGAACAGAUAGAAGCGAAAGCCAACCGCAGCUACCAGAAGGAUUUAGCAUCUUUUCAAGAGGCAAGGGAGUCUAAUGCCCAGGCACUUGUUGAUGACCUAGAAACUGAUAUGCCUGGAGAAUGGGAGCAUGACACUUCAUUAGGCUACUACUAUAACCAAACAACUGGUUUUCACUAUGAUCCCAAUUCUGGCUUCUACUACAGUGAUUCUCUGGGUAAAUGGGUGCCUCAAGAAGAGGCCCUGGCAGCAUUUCAAGCUUCCCCAAUGUCUAUCAAGAAGAGACCUAGUUUGGGAAAGCCAGCAUCAGCAUCGGAGAGCAAAAGUGGGUCAACCUCUGAAAGUGGGCCUCCACCCGGACGCUUGGUUUCCACGCCACUCAAUCCGAUGAGAACUACAAAAGGUGCUAAAUCCUCGGUUGCUGUUGCUGUCAAGAGGAAACGACCAGAUGAGAAGCCCAAAGCUGUGUCUAAAGAGGAAGCAGCUGCACUGAAGGCUAGGGAGGCUGCUAGGAAGAGAGUUGAACAGAGGGAGAAACCAUUGCUUGGUCUAUACAGGCCCUGAUAUAUAUGUGUUUGCUUCCAGAAACCCUUCCAUGUUUGUUGUAAGAGGAGUCCAAAGCUUAGUGUGGCAACGUGAUUGAUGCACUCGGAUGUUUCGGAAUGUGCUAUCUUUCAAUGCAGGAAAAGGUGAAUAUGGCAAUGUCUGUGCGCCGACUUGUACCAUGUAUUAAUAGACCUGGGUUUCUGUUUGUAGGUUGAGAGAUGAUGACCUUAGAUGUAUCUUCCAAAGAUUAUAGCUUUACAUGGGUAAUUCUUCAACAUUUCUGAAUAUUUUAUGAAGCGAAAAACGUUCCCAUUUC